GUAUUUGUUCCUCAGUUCAGAUCAGUCUGGUUGUGAAUGAGUUAACAUUAAUUUAUAAGCCUAAUAUAAACAUAAACGUAAAGUGUUAUUGAACAAAGUCUUUGAACUAAACUUAUUCAAGACGUUGGAUUUCAGUGAAGCGUACACCAUAAACAGGUGCUGAUUUCUGACUGACCGUUGACAAUCAAGCAGUGUUUAUGGCUCAGUAUGACCAACUGGAAGAUAAAGACUCGCUGGAUAUUCAUGAUAACCCUCCAGCACCAGACAAUGUUGUAAAGGAGGAAGACAACACAGUGUAUUUUGUUUAUGAUGAAGAGGUUGAGGAAGAAGAAGCCCCUCCUCCUCCCACCCCUGAGCCGGUGAUCCAGAUCAAUGAGAGACCACACAAAUUCAAGGACCACUACUGCAAGAAACCCAAGUUUUGUGACGUCUGCGCACGAAUGAUUGUUCUCAAUAAUAAAUUUGCCUUGCGCUGCAAGAACUGCAAGACAAACAUUCACCACUCAUGCCAGUCAUAUGUGCAGUUCCAGAGAUGCUUCGGCAAAAUACCACCUGGUUUCAGACGAGCAUACAGUUCUCCUCUGUAUGAUCAAGAGAUUAAUAACCCUGGUCAGCAGAACCGCACUGAUCCAGUGUUUGACACGCUCAGAGUGGGUGUGAUCAUGGCCAAUAAAGAGAGGAAGAAAGGGUCAGAGGACAAAAAGAAUAUGUUGAUGAUGAUGAUGGAAGAGGAGGAAGCUCAACAGCCAAAAGAAGAUGAGGAGAUUGUUGAGGGAAAACAAGAUGGAGAUAAGAAAGACAAGACUGCAGCAGAUGACAAAAAUAAGAAGCAGCAACAGACAUUCAGCCAGUCUUAUUAUUUGGCACUGUAUCGCUUCAAAGCCAUCGAGAAAGAUGACUUGGACUUCCAUCCAGGAGAUCGUAUCACAGUUCUGGAUGACUCUAAUGAGGAAUGGUGGAGGGGUAAGAUUGGUGAGAAGACGGGCUACUUGCCCAUGACAUACAUCAUCAGGGUGCGUGCUGGCGAACGGGUGUAUAAAGUGACACGCUCCUUUGUGGGAAACAGAGAGAUGGGUCAGAUCACCCUGAAAAAAGAUCAGAUUGUGGUGAAGAAAGGAGAGGAGGUGAAUGGGUAUUUGAAGGUGAGCACUGGACGAAAACUGGGCUUCUUCCCUGCUGACCUGCUACAAGAGAUCUGAAUGAACAUCACUGCCUGAUGAAGAGACAAUCAUGAGGGAAUAAUAAGAAGAAUGGACAGAGAAGGAGAAAUUAAGAUGACAACAUUUGAUGUCAUAAGUGACCUCACAUGUUAGCAUGAAUAAGUGUGUGAGACUCUGCAAUAAUAUAUUUAUUCAUUGAUUGUCAAUGUGUUGAUAUAGUUGAUAUACACUACUCAUAUAUACAGAACUAGGUUAAUAUCUCAUUAUAGCACAAAUUGAAUACUUCGAAAUCUGUAUUUUUCACAUUUUGUGAAUUUUCCAGGCUCACGGAUUCAUCUAUCCAAAUUUUGCCAAAUAAAAAAAGUAUUUCCUGCUCUGUUUUUGAACUAGAGUUUUAGGUGUGUAGCCUAUGCAUGAUAAAAUUCACACAAGACAUGCCAACUUACACAGGAAGAGAGUAGAGACAAUGUAAAGUGGCCAACCACAGUACAUACUGUACAGUAUUGUUUCUUUUUAACUCUUAAGGGAAAGUCAGCCCUGUAUUAGCAUUUCUCAAACAAUUGAUUUUGAUUCUUCUUCACAAUAUUCUGCAGUUAAUUAAACCUGAACUGC